AUGAAUAGCACAGAUUUGAUCGUGGUCGUGGUACUCGUUGCAUUGUUCCUGCUAUACAAAUAUCUAGAAACAAUCAAGGAACUCAUAUUUUCUAAUGACGAUGCGAUCUCUGCUGUUAAUUCAAGCUCCAGAGAUAUUGCGCAUGUGUUAACUGAGAACAACAAAAAUUAUUUGGUUUUAUUUGGCUCCCAAACAGGAACUGCAGAAGAUUAUGCCAAGAAAUUUGCAAAGGAACUAACAGCAAAAUUUGAUCUAAACGUUCUUUGCGGUGAUCUGGAAUUAUACGAUUACGGUUCCUUGAAUGAACUACCUGAGAAUGUUAUUGUUUCCAUCUUUAUGUCCACUUAUGGUGAAGGUGAUUUCCCAGAUGGGGCUGUCAAGUUUGAAAACUUCAUCAGUACCGCAAGUGAAAGCUCUCUGGAAAAUCUGAGGUUCACCGUUUUUGGGUUAGGUAACUCUACCUAUGAGUUCUAUAAUGGAGCUGCAAGGAAAGUGCAGAAGUAUCUACAAGCGGCCGGGGCAAGCUUACUUGGAUCUAUUGGUGAAGGGGAUGAUGCUACUGGUUCUACAGAUGAAGAUUAUUUGACAUGGAAGGAACUUAUAAUGGGAGAAUUGAAAAAUGUAUUGAGCCUUGACGAACAAGAACAAAAAUUCAAACCGUCCUUCCAAUUAGAAAUUUUGGACACUAUUGACUCAAAUACUUCUCUUGGUGAACCAACCAAAAAUUAUCUACCAUCCGCUUUGCUAAAGGGGGAAAUAAAUGGCCCAUUUAGUAUAUCUGAGCCAUAUCUGGGACAUAUCAGUAAUUCUCGAGAACUUUUCAAAUCGGAUGAUCGUAAUUGCAUACACAGUGAGUUUGAUAUUUCAAACACUAAUUUAACUUAUUCCACAGGUGAUCAUUUGGGUAUUUGGCCAUCUAAUGCGAAUGAAAAAGUAGAACAGUUCUUAGUCGCUUUCAAUUUAAAUCCUGAAACAAUCUUUAAUAUGAGACAAUUGGAUCCAACUAUCAAAGUACCAUUCCCAUUGCCAACAACUAUAGGUGCAGCUGUUAGAUAUUACAUGGAAAUUACAGGCCCAGUAUCCAGACAAUUUUUUGGCCAUUUGAUCCAAUUUGCGCCCAACAAUGAUAUCAAAGAGAAACUAACAAUCUUAUCUAACGAUAAGAAUAAAUUUCAAACAGAAAUCACUUCUAAAUUUUUCAACAUUGCUGAUGCUAUACUAUAUUUAUCAGGUGGUAUCAAGUGGGAAACUGUACCGUGGGGAUUCUUGAUAGAGACAAUCCCACAUCUUCUACCCCGUUAUUAUUCCAUUUCUUCGUCCUCAUCAUUAGAUAAAGAUUCUAUUCAUGUCACAUCAGUGGUAGAGAAUUCAAUUGAACCUAAAUCUAAUACUAAUGUCGUUGGUGUUACCACAAAUCUAUUAAGGAACAUUCAAUUGGCUGAAAAUAAAAUGUUAGGCUCAGAGUCAAACCCAUUACCGGUUCAUUAUGAUUUAAAUGGUCCCAGAGAUUUAUUUAGGGAUUAUAAAUUGCCAAUCCAUGUUCGUAAAUCAACAUUUAGAUUACCAACCAAUCCAUCUGCUCCUGUUAUUAUGAUUGGACCGGGAACAGGUGUUGCUCCAUUUAGAGGAUUUGUAAGAGAUCGUGUAAAUCUAUUAGAAAGUGACCGCAGCAUCAAAUUGGGAAAACACCUCUUAUUUUAUGGUUGCAGAAAUGAGGAUGAUUACUUGUAUAGGGAGGAAUGGAUUCAAUAUGCCACAAUAUUGGGAGAAUCAUUUGAAAUGAAUGUUGCAUUUUCUAGAGUUCCAGGUACACCAAAAAUAUAUGUCCAAGAUAAAUUGCGGGAACAAAGUAAACUGAUAUGGCAAUUAAUUCAAGAUGGGGCAUUCCUCUAUGUCUGUGGUGAUGCAGGAAGAAUGGCAAAAGAUGUUCAUAAAACUUUACUGGACAUUGUCAUGAAAGAGAAGGGAGUGUCAGAAGACGACGCUAUUGAAGUUAUAAAGAUGUUAAAAACAUCUAAUAGAUACCAGGAAGAUAUUUGGUAA